AUGACGUGUUUUAUUUUUAUAUUAUCAAGUGUUUUCCUUCUAAGCUCUGCAGCAGGUAAUAUAUGCGGUCCGAAUGCAUCACCGAAGGAUGGGAUAGACUGCAGCUCAGAUUGUUGCCCCGAAGCGGAUGGUCAAGCUACGGCCUGCCCUGAUCCUUGUGCCACAUCAUGUAAAUGUGAUAUAAUGUAUCAUCGAGCAUAUAAUGGAACAUGCAUACGUUCUAGAGAUUGCCCGUCGAUACCAUGUGGGGAAAACGAAGAGUUCGAUUCUUGUCCAACUUGUUCCGAAUCAUGUGACAAUGCGAGACCUGAUGGGAGGCGUUGCCCAAUUAUUGGGAGAAUAGGGACUGUUGUGAUAUGUGAUCCGAAAUGUCGUUGCAAAGACAACUAUUGGAGAAAUAAACACAACAAAUGUGUCCCUUAUGAUCAAUGUCGAUGUAACGAAAAUGAACGAGAAACAAGCUGUGUUAACAGCGAUUGUAUUACAGGAUGUAUUUGUAUUGAAAAUUACUUAAGAGCCAAAGAUGGAACGUGCAUUAAGAAAGACCAGUGUCCAAAAAAUACAAUAUCAUCUUCAUCGGCUUUCGCAGCUGCUACUGCUCAUUCAUCCAAAUCUUCUAGUCAUGCAUCUGCAUCUGCGCACGCUUCUAGUUAUUCUAGUUCAGAGACUGAAGAAGGUGAUGAUUCCAGUGAAAAUAAAGACGACAGAUUCAGAAUAAAACAACCAACGUGUAAAAAGAACGAAAUUUAUGAUAUUUGUCCAGCACCAUGCCCACCUAAGAGAUGUGAUGUUGAUGAAAGUGUUAUAAAAUGCAAGGCACCACCAAAACCAGGCGAUCCAGAUUGUAAACCAGGUUGUCGAUGCAUCGAUAAUUACUAUAAAAACGAUAAAAACGUGUGUGUUCCAAAAAACGAAUGCCUAAUAUGUAAUGGUCAAAAUGAAGUUCCUGGGUGUGAUAGUUGCUCUCCGCAAACUUGCGAGUCUAUUGGUAAAACCUACAACUGUCCUCUGGAACCUGCUGUAUGUAAGCCCACAUGCCGUUGCAAGAAAGGUUUUUAUAGAAAUAAAAUUGGACAAUGCAUAUCUAAAACGGAUUGUCUUAAAUGUACUGGUCCAAACGAAUAUUUCUCUUGUGGAUCUGCCUGUGACAAUGAGUGCUCAGACCUAAGUAAGAACCAAACAAGUUGUCCAAUCAUCAACGUCAAAUGCAACGAAAAGUGUUACUGUGAAGCAGGAUACGCACGUAAUAAUCGAAAUAUUUGCAUACCUAUUGAGAAAUGUCCACCUCAAAAAUGUAAGAAAAAUGAAGUAUUUGAUAUUUGUCCACCCCAAUGUCCACCUCAGAAAUGUGGAGUUGACCCAGCGUUGAUAUUGUGUGCUCCUAAUCCAAAAAUUGGUGAUCCAGAAUGUAAACCUGGAUGCCGCUGUAUCGAUGGUUAUUAUAGAAAUAAUUCGGGAGAUUGCAUUCCAAAAAAUAAAUGCCCACCGAAAGUUACUUGUGGCCCUGAUGAAGUGUUCUCAAGCUGUGUAAAUGGUGGUUGUGGCAGAUGGAAUUGUUCCCAAACAGAUAUUAUCUGUAAAAAUCUGAUUGAAGGCGCUUGUAGAGAAGGAUGUCAUUGUAAAAACACUCAUUUAAGAGCAAAUAAUGGAACCUGUAUACCUGCCGAUCAAUGUCCUCUAAUAUGUAAUGGUCAAAAUGAAGUUCCUGGGUGUGAUAGUUGCUCUCCGCAAACUUGCGAGUCUAUUGGUAAAACCUACAACUGUCCUCUGGAACCUGCUGUAUGUAAGCCCACAUGCCGUUGCAAGAAAGGUUUUUAUAGAAAUAAAAUUGGACAAUGCAUAUCUAAAACGGAUUGUCUUAAAUGUACUGGUCCAAACGAAUAUUUCUCUUGUGGAUCUGCCUGUGACAAUGAGUGCUCAGACCUGAGUAAGAACCAAACAAGUUGUCCAAUCAUCAACGUCAAAUGCAACGAAAAGUGUUACUGUGAAGCAGGAUACGCACGUAAUAAUCGAAAUAUUUGCAUACCUAUUGAGAAAUGUCCACCGAAGAUAAAACCAACGAAGCCCGUUAAUUGUUCACCUGAAAGUACUAUAGAUACACCUGUUAACAAGAAA